CGAAAGUUGUUGCUGCAUUUCCAGAGGUGUUCAUUUAUAUAUACAUAUGUAUGCACUGAACAAGUGCUUGCGGUGGUGGCUGCGCAACAACUUUUUGGUGCAAUGCGCCGGUAUGCACUCGUCUCACCGCUAAGGAAACAACUAUGUUAGCACAACAACAACAACAAACCGCCAGAGAACCGAUACAUGUGGAGAAAUGCAUUUAGAUUAACAGCAACAGCAAAAGUAACAGAAACGGCAACAUUUACAGAAGCAGUUGCAGCCUUAGCUCUUGAGAGUUUGCAUUUAAUUGGGUUCUGUCGUGUUGCUGUAUAGUUGUACACCCUCCGCCAGUUUGUCUAUCGUGUCUGAGGUCUGUGCAGUGACAUUGUCAUUGACAGCAAACAAUUCGCCAAAACGAGCCGACUGCACUACGGUCAUCGGCCACACAACAAGCUCCAAGCAACUCUUUAGCAACGGCAGCACCACCACAACCACUACACCCUUUAUCACGGUCUGUGCAUUCGCACAUCGUUACCACUAUGGCUAGAGCACUCGGCAACAACUCAAUUCACAGUGGCUAGCAUCGCAGCGCCUUGAGUCGACAACUUGGACACUGCACACCACAUUCGCAGUUCUGUGCUGUUCCGCUGCGGCCGGUCACCAUUCGCAUCCGCAUUUGCCUCACACGUUGUUCCAAUUCUUUGCUGAGCAAGUUCAAGUUGAAUUCAUAGUCAAAAACGAAUUCGUAAUUGAUGUUGAUGUCGCUGCCGCCGUCGAUGUUCAUGUUGCCGCUUGUGCUGCGCGUUGUCUAACGGAGUUCGUGUUGUAUUUUGCAAGAAUAAAUACAAAAGUGCCGCCUUUGUUACUUCUGCGCUUUGAGAUACUCCUAAGCGUAUUGCAUCGGUCAUUAGACAUAUGUAUAAGUGUGCCAAACAUUCGGGAUUGUGAUUUUACAUGCGCUGUCGUUCAAAUUUGGUGUUCCGUGUGAUCGCAAACUAACAGUAACGUUCUUCGCUGACAUUACCCGAUAAUCAAAGGGUGUUUGGGUGCGUUGUUACUUUGGGCUUCGCCGUCGGGGAAUUAAUUCAAAUAUUUUCAGUUUCGAUGGAAGUGCAAUCGGCUCCACGAUCAGUUAUUGUUUAAAAGUCUAUUAAAAACACAUGUUACAGAAGCUCAUUGAUCGAAACCUAUCGCUUUAAACUACGAAGGUUCGCAAAAUAAAGUUUACGGAACUUGUGUAUUGAAAGGGUUGCUGUCAACUUCGACCUAAAAACCGAAAAUUAUAAAAAUAGUGAACAAACAUACAAAAGAAAUACAAUAUCGCCGUUUUAUCAACUUUCGUACAAUAACAUUAUCGUAAUAAGGCAAUUAAAUAUUAAUUGCUAACCAUGUGCAAUAAAAGGAUUGUUCAAAAAAUUAAAGAUUAAGGAGAGUCUGCGACUUAUCAACAGGAUAUUAUCACCUCUUCGGAAAAUGAGUGAAUGGGAUGGGUUAAACUAAAAUCAUAAAAUAAAUAAAAUACUGACAAUAAAACAGAAAUAAGGGAUGAGUCUCUGUUAGACAAUUUUAUAUGUGAAAUAAACUUUCAGGUGAAUUCUAACACUAAAGUAUCCAAGUGAUAAGAUCUACCAGCGUUAUAAAGAUCACCUCUUCGGAAAAUGAGUGAAUGGGAUGGGUUAAACUAAAAUCAUAAAAUAAAUAAAAUACUGACAAAAAAACACUAAAGCAACCAAGUGAUAAGAUCUACCAGCGUUAUAAAUGUUUCAAUAGAGUGCGUGUGGGACAUAUAAAACAUUUAAACCAUGAAGUAACUGCUUUGUUCUAUAAAAGCUCGUUAUUGUGUGAAAGUGACAGUGCAUUGAAAUGCGUAUAAAAUAAUAAUUACAAACCUGCAAACUUAACUUCGUAGAGGCUUCGCUUUUGUUAUAGCCUUAAUUAUCGGGCCAUGAAUUUCUGUUAUUUAUCUUUAACUGUUUUUGAAACUGUUAAUUAUAUGUUUGUAAAUGACAUAUAUACAGACAUAACGAUUAUAAAAACUUAGGCCAUCAGUUGGAAGUUUCUUCGGCAUAAAUAUACUUCAACAGUUGUGUUGCAAUAUCAAAACACUGAAACUAAAUAGCAGUAAAGGUGCGUUGUCAUACGUACUGGUAUAUACAAUUAAAGUGAGCAUCAACAUUUCACUCUACAUUCGUCCGCCUUGUUCGCAACUGCACGGUCAUCACGUACACACAGCGAAUAGGCUUCGUAGCUGUUCUUUAAUGGUUUCUGAGGAUAAUUGGAACAGCGACACAAUGUCCGAUUCGGACAUGCAUGACUCAAAGGCAGACGUCUGCGGUGGGGCCUCCAGCAGCAGCGGCAGUUCGAUCUCCCCUCGCACUCCACCCAAUUGUGCACGGUGCCGUAAUCAUGGGCUCAAAAUCACACUAAAAGGACACAAACGGUAUUGUAAGUUCCGAUUUUGCACUUGUGAAAAAUGCCGCUUAACCGCCGAUCGUCAGCGCGUGAUGGCACUGCAGACUGCUUUGAGGCGGGCACAAGCGCAGGACGAGCAAAGGGUUCUGCAGAUUCACGAGGUACCGCCAGUGGUACACGGACCAACGGCAUUACUUAAUCAUCAUCACUUGCACCAUCAUCAUCACUUGAAUCAAAAUCAUCAUGCGAGUGCUGCAGCUGCAGCAGCAGCUGCUGCGGCACAUCAUCAUAUAUCGACAGCGAUCCGUUCUCCGCCACACGUCGAACAUGGUGGCGGUAAUGUUAGCAGUAGUGGUAACGGCGGUAUAGCCGGUGGAAUAGGUUCUGCCAUCACCUCUGUACCUGGGUCGGUGCCACCACCCGAACAUCACAUGACCACAGUGCCCACUCCAGCACAAUCGCUAGAAGGUUCUAGUGAUACAUCUUCGCCAUCACCAUCGUCCACUUCAGGAGCGGUAUUGCCCAUAUCGGUGGUAGGUCGCAAACCAUCUCUGCAUCCCAAUGGAGUAAAUAUUCCUUUAGCUCAAGAUGUCUUUUUAGAGCAUUGUCAAAAACUAUUGGAGAAAUUUCGAUAUCCAUGGGAGAUGAUGCCAUUAAUGUAUGUGAUAUUAAAAGAUGCUGGGGCAGAUAUUGAAGAGGCUUCAAGACGCAUUGAGGAAGCAAAGCGAAUUGUGAAUCAAACCAUAUCGCUACAUUGGAUGGAUAGACAAUUAUACUAUAAUUACUACUCAUCCGCAGCACUAGUAAACACUCCUCCUACAUAUUUUCCAUAUCCGAUUGCCAUUGGAAGCAAUGGCUUACUGACUUCGCACUUCUCGCACCUAACGGCGUCUAUGCGACCGCCAUCGCCCGAGCAACCCACUCUAAGUCGUACGCCACCCAGUCCAUCUAAGCCUUCGCGACCAGGCAGCAUCCUUAGUGAAACCAUGUCGCCGCCAGCAGCCGCUACAAACUUGCCGUCAUCCGUCACAGCUGCUGCAGCUACGUAACAGCAACAACAGUCGCAACGCUACAGCCAGGCUACUCAUGCAACCGCUGCUGUUGCGGCUGCAGCGGCAGCGGCUGCUAUGCUUUUAGUGGAUGACUAAACUCUUAGUACCGAAGCCAAUCUACUUAAUUGUUAUUCAGAUAAAUGUUUGCAUAUGUAGUGGAACUAUCACUUGGAAAGUACCAAUAAUUUUAACGGAAAGUUACUGGAAAAUUGCGGAUAUAAGGACUUAUUAAAUGAAAAAUUUCAAGCAAUUUUCAUUUGUAUAUACUUGAUAUACAUAAGAGUACCAAUACAUAUGUAUUAAGAAGUUGGAUGCAUCUUUAUAGUUACUUAGAAAUAUUGUUUACUAACUCUUUGUAAAAUCUACUGGAAUGUCCCGGAAGCCUAGGAAAUGGACACAUGAAAAAGUGAACAUAGAUCUCAUUACAUCAAACAAAUUACACAUAGUAUGCACAAGUAUAAAUAUAUGAAUCACAAAGUUAUGAUAAAUAUUAUGCAUGUAACGGAAACAGUUUGCAUUUUUCAACAGCUAUAACAUUUUAAACGUAAAUAUAUUGUGUGUAUGUAAGAACGUAUUUAUUAAAGUCGAAUUUGUAGUAAAACGUUAUUAAUAUAUUCCAAAAAUGCAAAGAAAGCUUAAUUAAUUGAAUACAUCCGUUAAUAAUCAAAUUCAUAAAUAAAAUAUUUAACAUAUGUAUGUAUGUAUAUAGGAAAAACAAACUAUGAAAUGCGAAAAUAUCAAAUGGAAAAAUCCUAUGUUUAUUAGAUUAGUUUCAGAACUAGUUAUUUAUUCUAGUUGAUAAUUUAACUGUGAAUUAUGAUAAAACAUAUUGAAAUAAAGUGGAUAGCAAAUAAAGAAAUGCAUAAUUACUGCUA